GCCGUGCCCCGCCGGCGCCCAGCGGAGAUGCGGCCUGUCUCAUAGGAUGAGGUGUUGGUAGCAGGAGGAAGAGACAAGGAAAACUUGUGGAUAAAGAGAAGUCUAGCCUUGGACAGUCAGUAACCUCUCCUCCAAAAUGAGACAGCAUUAAACGCUGUGCAAGGGCGCUUUCAGCUUGCCUCCUCUCAGAAAUCGAUUGGUGGACUCCGUUUUGCCCAUUAUAGGCAUCAGUCACAGCACAGAGUUCUCGAAACUCUCCUUUUCCGCAAAACUCUGCUUCAGGUCUACACUCAGGCUCCUCCAGGUUUUGUUCCUGCAUCGUCCUGUUCAGUAAAGUCAAGGGAAAGUUGAAGAAAAGUGAGACAAGAACUAAAAGAACCAAACAGGGAAGCAUUCAUAUUUCAAGAUCUUUAGGAAGAGGUAGGAAUAGUUAACAUGGAAUCAAAAACGUGUGAACCAAAUAAUGAAGAUCUUUUACCAAGUAGUGGCAUCGCAUCCAAUGGAGGUUCUUCAAGCCCAUUUUUUGUGUCAUCAAUUCGUGGUACAAUAAUUGAAAACACAGCUGCAACUGGGACUUUGACACAAAUUCCUAUUUUCCCUAAAUAUGAAGUAGAACUUGAUUCUCAUAGAAAAAUAAUUCCUUAUCCUGGGAAGGAACACAUUGAACGUGUUUUAGAAGAAUAUUCACAUCAAGUCAAAGAUUUGCAAAGAAGACUAAAUGAAAGCAAUGAAUUGCAUGAGAAACAAAAAUUUUAUUUAAGGCAGUCAGUCAUUGAUUUGCAAACAAAACUUCAAGAAAUGCAAAUGGAGAGAGACGCCAUGGCUGACAUCAGACGAAGGGAGAGUCAGUCCCAGGAGGAUUUAAGAAAUCAGCUUCAAACUACAGUUCAUGAACUUGAAGCUGCCAAAAGCCUUAAGGAGAACAUGUUAAAAGACAGCAAUGCACAAAUAGAGCAGCUCAGGAAAAUGAUGCUGAGUCACGAAGGAGCGCUUCAAGAAAUCCGAUCAAUCUUAGUUGACUUUGAAGAAGGCUCAGGCAAGAAAAUCUAUGAACACGACAGCAUGUCUACUGUGCAUUUCCGCAGCUUGGGCUCAGCUGUUAGUAAAAUCCUAAGAGAAUUAGACACAGAAAUUUCUUAUCUGAAAGGGAGGAUAUUUCCAGUGGAGGAUCAGCUUGAAACAUUGAAAUCUGAAUCACAGAACAAAAUAGAGCUACUUCUUCAGCAACAUCAAGAUAGGAUUGAGCAGUUGAUAAGUGAACAUGAAGUUGAAAUCACAGCACUUACUGAGAAAGCCAGCAGUGCUCGAAGCCAAGCCAAUAGUAUCCAGAGUCAACUGGAAAUCAUUCAAGAACAAGCAAGAAACCAAAAUUCAAUGUAUAUGCGUCAGCUCAGUGAACUGGAAUCUACUGUUUCUCAGCUGCGUUCUGAAUUAAGGGAAGCCAGAAGGAUGUAUGAAGACAAAAUAGAAGAUCUGGAGAAGCAAUUAGUCCUUGCCAAUUCUGAGCUCACUGAAGCACGUACAGAACGGGAUCAGUUCAGUCAGGAAUCUGGAAAUUUGGAUGAUCAACUUCAAAAGCUAUUGGCAGACCUGCACAAGAGGGAGAAGGAGCUGAGUCUGGAGAAAGAGCAGAACAAAAGGCUGUGGGACCGAGACACGGGCAAUAGCAUCACCAUUGACCACCUUCGUCGUGAGCUGGAUGACAGGAACAUGGAGGUGCAGCGCCUGGAGGCCCUGCUCAAGGCCAUGAAGAGCGAGUGUCAGGGCCAGAUGGAGCGGCAGAUGGCAGCGAUUCAGGGGAAGAAUGAGAGUCUAGAGAAAGUGUCCUCCUUGACUGCUCAGCUCGAAUCCACCAAAGAGAUGCUCCGCAAAGUAGUGGAAGAGCUGACGGCCAAGAAAAUGACUCUGGAGAGCUCAGAGAGGACAGUGUCUGAUCUGACAGCUUCCCUCCAAGAAAAAGAGCGAGCCAUCGAAGCUACCAAUGCAGAGAUCACAAAGCUCCGCUCUCGGGUGGACUUGAAAUUGCAGGAACUACAGCACUUGAAAAAUGAAGGAGAUCACCUCAGAAAUGUGCAGACGGAAUGUGAGGCUCUGAAGCUGCAGAUGGCAGAAAAGGACAAGGUGAUUGAAAUUUUGCGCCAGCAAAUUGAAAACAUGACACAGUUGGUGGGCCAGCAUGGACGGACUGCUGGUGCUAUGCAAGUCGAAAAGGCUCAGCUGGAGAAAGAGAUUAAUGAUAGGAGACUGGAACUACAGGAAUUUAAGAUUUUAAAAGAUAAAAAAGAUGCCAAGAUCCGGGAGCUUGAAGCCAGAGUAAGUGACCUAGAGCUGGAAAAGGUGAAACUGGUGAAUGCAGGCUCUGAGCGGCUCCGUGCAGUGAAGGACAUCAAACAAGAGAGAGAUCAAUUAUUAAAUGAGGUGAAGAUGAGUAGGAAUGAAUUGAACAGUCUUUCAGAGGACUAUGAAGUAUUGAAAAGGAAUUUUCGAAACAAAAGUGAAGAAAUGGAAACUACUACAAAUAAACUGAAAAUGCAAUUAAAAUCUGCACAGUCUGAACUAGAACAAACAAGAAAUACACUAAAGUCAAUGGAAGGAUCUGAUGGUCAUGCUAUGAAAGUGGCAAUGGGAAUGCAAAAGCAAAUCACAGCCAAAAGAGGUCAGAUAGAUGCCCUUCAGAACAAGAUCCAGUUUUUAGAAGAGGCCAUGACAAAUUCGAACAAGGAGAAACAUUUUUUAAAAGAAGAAAAGUGUAAACUCAGUCAGGAAUUGAGCACAGUUGCAACAGAAAAAAACAAAAUGGCUGGAGAGCUAGAAGUUCUGCGAUCUCAGGAACGUCGUUUGAAAGAAAAAGUUGCUAAUAUGGAAGUUGCUCUUGAUAAGGCAUCUUUGCAGUUUGCAGAAUGUCAAGAUAUAAUCCAGCAUCAAGAACAAGAAUCUGUGCGUCUAAAACUUCAACACACUUUGGAUGUAAAGGAUCUUCAGGGCCCUGGAUAUACCGCAAAUCCUUCAUUGAAACCACACCUUCUCCAGACAGCAUCUGCUAUCCGUUCUCAUUCUAAUGUACCAUCUUCCCAGUCCACAGUCAGCUUCCUAUCUCAUACAAGGAAACUGAGAUUUGAGGAGCUAGGUGACAUAGAGACUUCAGUCAACAAAAACACAGUUGAAUCAAGACUUAACCCAGACAUCCACUGCAUGAAGGCUAAUGUACUGAAGGAAGAUCCAACAAGGGACCUGAAACAGCUUCUCCAAGAACUGAGAAGUGUGAUUAAUGAGGAGCCGUCCUUGCCUCUGACCAAACCUGAGGAGAGUGGGAGAACACCAUCUCUCGGAGCCUUAAAUGAAAGAGUAAGAGAUUGCAUGACUGAAUCAAGCAUGAGAUCAGAGAUAUGUCAUAGAAGCAACAAUUCAUUAAGGGACUCUACCGAAGGGAGCAAGUCCAGUGAAACACUCAGCAGAGAGCCAGUUAUGUUGAACGCAGGAGACCUAGAAGAUCCAUCUAGUUGUUUCGCUUUUCAAUGCACAGCAAGUCCAACAGUGAAAAAUUCAGCUUCCCGUUCAUUCAGUUGUUCUCCUAAGAAAUCUCCAGUGCAUUCACUCCUGACUAGUUCAGCUGAAGAGUCAGUGGGUUCCACAUCACAGUAUAGAUCUACCAAAUCUAUUCAUUCACCUGAUUCCGUUAAAGUAUAUGUGCUGCUGAAGAGAGGGCUUCAAUGUGCUUUCUGAAAAGAAAAAACAGUCCUGGGGUACUCUGAGUCUUUUCCAUCUUUGGAUUCCACUGUACGUCCCCAUCAGGAUCAGACUUUCCAGUCUGUCUAACAACAUAGCUUCCAGGGUACUUUUGAAGUCCCCAGCUGGGAUCAGACCUGUAAGUCUGUUCCAAAUCGUCUGCAAACUGUCAAUCAUAUGAGUGUCUUCGACCCCAUUAUGCAGUUUUCAGGGUGUUUGAUAGCCCCUACCUAGGUUUCAAAAAAAGAAAUAAGAAAAAACCCUAAAAAGAACAUUCCUAAGAUCUCAAGUAAUCUAGGUAUAUUAAAUAAUUUGCAA